AUGUCAUCGAAAGGGAAGCCUAGCUCUUCAACCGCGGGCGAGCCCGUUGUGCCCAAGGUUAAAGCAGCGUGUGAAGAGUGUCGAACGAAGAAGACCAAGGUAUAACGUUGCUUUCUUGGAUGCAUCGGUCGAAGAGCGACGGUGCGCUGACGGUACCAGUGCGAUGGUACUCGACCUACAUGCGGCCGCUGCCGACGAAAGUCCAUAUCAUGCGUCUACGAAACGGAACCCGACGAGUUCAGAAUUACUGCUCUCAAGCGUCGAUAUACGGAGCUGGAACAGUCAUCAGCGGAAAAUUCAGCUCUAAUCGCCCUGUUGCGGGAUCAGAGCCUCGCCGGCGCCCACGAGAUCUUGAACCGUCUUCGCAAUAGAGAAAGCGCUGCCUCCAUUCUUGCCGGGAGCGGCAUUCAAACUGACGCUGAAGCGGGACAAAAUCUCGUGAGCGCCGUGGAAACGACGAAUACUUCGGAAGGGGAACGCACUUCGUCUUCUCAUGGAUCAGUAGCUGGAGAAGCAGCUGCGGAUAAGGACCGUAGGUCUGCAGCUGGAAUUGACAAACAGUCAAUCGCAUUCCUGGUCGGUGAACCAACUGGUACUGGUCCUCCACUAGACGCCCAAAUUACGAGCAUGCCGGCUGGCCCACUCAGAUCUCAUCAUGGCCAGCCCCUGCAGCCUCGACAGAGGGGGGAGAAACGAAAGCGAGUGUCUCCUCCGCCACUACGACCCAGUUUACCGGUGGCGGCAGGAGGUGCACCAAUUCCCAUGACACCAAGUACCGACAGGUCGCUUAGCAUGAAACCGCGAACGCAAGACAAGACGUGGAUGAAGCGCUUCGAACGAGUCCGCGCUGCGGAGUGGGAGGUGUAUUACACCGAUGAUCUCACAUUCUUGGAGAUCCUGAAAUGCUACUUUACCUGGGAGAAUCCGGUGACGGACUUUGUGCCCGAGGAAGCCUUUUGGGAAGGUCUGUUGAAUGACGGAUCCGAUUUCUGCAACCUAACACUCGUCCACAGCAUCCUCGCAUUCGGAGCUGUACGUGCGAAGCCUCGACUUGCCUCAUGUGGACUCAAUAUGCUGACUGGGGAGGUAGAAAAUUUACGGCAUGUUUGAACCGGAAAGAUCAGCUUCUGCGGAGCACUUUGCACUACUCGAGGCUACAAAGGCCUGGGCGUGGGAUGCAGAUGCAACAGUACCUGCAAACAUAUCUGCUGGAUUCCUGGUACAUGCUACGUAUGCGGCAAAUGGACAAGAAAAGAACGGUACUCCGUACCUUGGGGCAGCGAUGAACCUCCUUAUAGAUUCCGGCCUCUUCUCGCCAGAGCGCAUCUCCCAAGCAUACCCAUCAUCUGACCCUGAGUUAUCGCGAGCCAGAGCGGCCUUUGCAUGGUGCAUAUACGCUUUCCAUGGGUGAGUGCGAGCAACAUUUCGAGGGAAGGCUGAGUCUGACUCUCGCAGGCAUCACACGCUCACUUUCAAGAAGCAUCCUCUACUCUCAUGGCCGCCUCCUAUAGGCAUACCAGAGCCAAAUAGGGACGAGGAUAGCAAGGAAUGGCAACCAUUUCCUUCGUUGGGGCCCUCAAGACCAAGCGUUAUCAGUACGAAGAACCACGCGAAAACCAACCUAUGGCGAAUCGGCAACAAUAUACUACCUCUGCACGCACGAUAUGGCAACACAUUGACAAGCGAAAGUCACUGGAACGACGCGAAGGGUCUUUAUGCGGAGCUCUGUCAUUGGCAUUCAACGCUGAAUCCGCGCUUGGGCAAUCUUCAUGGGGCGCCCCCUCAUGUUUUUGCGUUGUAGUGAGUCGGAUUACGUGCUCCAACAUGGCAGAGGAGAGCUGACCCGUUCAACCAGUACGGACUACCACAGCUGUAUUCUGGAGCUGAUGAAGCCGUUUGUGAACUCCAGCAACCCUUUACCGACGCGCGAGAUACAUGAUCAAGCACACAGCAUCAGCGAGCAGUCGCGCAUCCAGCUACGUCUUUUGAUUCAUCAGUUGGACCUCCAGUUCCCAGACCUUCCUUUAUCCCUCAAUCUGCUCUUGAAACCAAUCUUAUGCGUCGCGAAAGAUACGCUGCCGCUCUUGUCUCACGCUGAUGAGGCCUCAGAUGAAGCCUUCUACUUCAAUCUCUGCAUCAAUUUGAUGCGUCGAAUGGCAACGUCUUAUCCAUUGACGUACUUUGUGGUGCUGGAGAUACGAGAUAUGGCGAAUCGUCAAGGAUACACGCUGCCAAUUCCGGCGCAGGAGACGAUCGUGAACUUGGAGAGGAGUCGGAGGGCUUCUGUCCAUAUCGCGAGCUCCCAGUCUGCCUCCAGAGGGCUUUCGGCGGAGGACAUAGAGGCGGCGAACUUGAGGAAUCUGAUCGGAGAGACGGACAGAUUACACCUGGAGCGGGGAGCAUCGAGUCGGUGA